CAGCCCUAAAAAAGGAGAGAAAUGAAUUGGCUCGGUAGGAGUUAUAGUCCAGACAGCAGCUUGGCAGAAUGUUGCCCACCAGGUGAGCUCAGCUGUGCCAUGAAGCACUUGGGAGAGCAGUGAACAGAUGUCUGGAGCAGAUGGUGGGGGAAGGGAGGGAGAUUUAAGCUGUCAGGUGAAAGGGACAGAAUGCAGCAGCCCUGGGGAUAAUAGCCAACUGCAGGCGGGUAGGUGUCCUGCUGAAUGCCCUGGAAAUCAGCAUAGGGAUUGCUUGCUGCUGCUUUGGCCCUGUACUAGCACAGACAGUGUCUCACUAAAAUAUUUAAGUCCUCUUCCUGUGCUACAUUUCUGCAUCACUACCGAGAUUUUGAGCACCUUCCUUUGCAGCAGCAGCUGCUGCAGUGAGAUCCAGGACUGGACUGGCAAAGGAGAGGGGAAAGGCACCGUACUGUGAUGAGUGAAUGACUAACUCCAAAAGCUUCCUAGGAGCCGGUGUGCUUGCAAGAGUCUCCAGAGGGACAGAGAAUCCGGAAGAGAAACCGGAGCCCCACACAUCCUGGGAACCUUCCUUCGUCCAACUCUGCCCUGCACUGGCUGUAGUGCACAGUGCUCCCUCAUCCCACUGAGACCUAGGCAGAGCUGCUGCAGCUGGCAGGGAGUCCUGUUUACUGAGAGGGAAUCUGCGCCCUUUGCCUGGGGAAAGCGCUGUCAUGGGGACUGGAAUGAGCAAGGUUGUUGAGGGCCUCUACCUGGGAAACAUCCGGGAUUCUGAGGACAAAGAAAAUCUGACAAAGAACAAGGUCACCCACAUCCUGUCGGUGCAUAACAACGCCAGACCCAUGCUGGAGGAUAUGACCUACCUCUGUAUAUCAGUGUCAGAUUCGUCCAGUCAAAACCUGAUCCAGCAUUUUAAGAAGAGCAUUGGGUUCAUUCAUGAAUGCCGGCUCCAUGGGGGAGGCUGCCUCAUUCAUUGCCUGGCUGGAGUUUCCCGCAGCACCACCAUCCUGGUGGCUUACCUUAUGACUGUGACUGACCUCAGCUGGGAGGAGUGUCUGGCUGCCAUCAAGGUCGUCCGUUCCUAUGUCAGUCCCAACUUUGGCUUCCAGCAGCAGUUGCAGGAGUACGAGAUGACUCUGCUCAAGGAGUACCGAGCCUGGGUUCGACAAGAGUAUGGUAAGAACCCAUUUAACGACCAAGAAGAGCUACAGCGCUUAAUCACUGAGCAGGAAGAGAAACAGAGAGAACAGCAGCUUGGAAGCAGGGAGAAUCACUGGAUCAACUCCCCAACAUCCACUUACCCGCUUCCCUACAAUGUCUAUGGUACCAGCAGCAAUAGAUGGAUGAACAGAUAAAAAAGGACAGCUAAUUCCACAGAGCUGCUAUCACUGUUGGAUGAAAGUCUCUGCAUUUAUCUUUCAAUGAGAAUUGCUUUGAUGUCUAUGGCUAGGGUGCAGAGCAAACUGAAUGCCAACUUCCAAAACAUGCUAUGUCAAGUAAUGUUAUUUAGUGGUUAGAGCCGAAGAUUGCAAUCCGGACUCCUGGGUUCUACUUCCAACUUUGCUACUCACUUAUAAUGUGAAUCCAGGCAAAUUGCUUGAUCUCCCCAUGUGUCAAUGUAACCAUCUCUCGGGGUGUCGAGUGGCUUCACUUAUUAACGUUUGCGAGGGUGUUUUGAGACCCUCCGAUAAAAGAUCCUAUGGAAGCGAAUUUAUUAAUGUUACUGAGUUGGGUUGAACCUUUUCCUGUGAAACUUUUAGCACUAUUGCACACAUGAAGGGUGAGUUUUCUGCUUUGCAGAUGGAUCACUUUAUGAUCCAAGCUUGUUUUGUUGUAGGGCUGCAUUGGAAUGACGGGCAUGCUCUCAGUUACAGACAAAGAGCCAAAUUCACUGCAUGGGUAAUCAGACAUCAAUCCGCUGAAGUCAAGAGUUCAAGAAUUUACUCCAUCAGUAGGUUUGGCCCGCAACAUGUUUUCAGGGUGUUUAGAAAGCAACCAACCACCAUGUUUCAGUAAGAGGACGUGUGAUAGCUUUUGAAACUCCUUCCUAGGAGCUCUUUCUGCCUGCUGGGACUUCAUCUCCUUGGUCUCUGGUUUUCCUAUUAUUACUGGUGUGAUAAAUCCCAUGAUCUCUUCAGUUGUUGGACACUGAGGGCCAAUACAGGGCCAGGAUCUCUCAAAACAGAGACAGCUGCUGCUCAAUACCACUCUCCAUUUUACUCCAUGCACAGUACAGCAGAUAUACAGAUUUCACUCGCUGUCCUAGUCAUCAUCAGUUCAGAUUGACCUUAUGCUACAGAUGUGCCUAUCAGAGCCUGAUGAGGCAUCUACCCAUCUCAGAAGAAGGAAGGCUUGGACUGCAGAGAGCCAGUUAGGGGUUGGGGGAAGGAUGCUGGAGAAUUUUCACAUCCACAGCGCUCUGAGGUCCAUAUCCUGCAAUGACAGAACAGUUGCAAUCACAUUGCUGUCACUUUCUUCAGCAAGCAGACCCAUGCCUCUCACAAACAUGCCAUAGAGACACAGAAACUGGAGAUGGAAAAGGUCCAUUAGCCCACCUUUUCUACUCCCCUAGCCUUUGCAAACACGCAUUCCCUAAUGCUUGGUGAAGCCCUGUUUUAAAUGACUCAAGCAAAGGGCUUCCACUGCUUGCUUGGGGCUGGAUUGCACAAUCCCUUAGCUUCAAUAGGACUGCUUGUGUAAGUAAAUGCUCACCAGCAUGUGUAAGGGUUGCACUACCCAUGCCUUGGGGGUACCUUGCAGUCUGGAAACUUUUCCUCUUGUCUAGAUUAUAUUUUCUUGUGACCUGUUUCCUCCUAUUCCUCCUCACUGGACCACUCCAAAGAAGUCCUUUGUUUCUUGGGUGUCUCCACCCUUCAAAUUCAUGGCUCAGAACCCCUUGGAAAAUUCAUGGUCUUGGGCUCCUCACCUGUGUCCGAUGCAUGAACUGUGUAAAAUCUUUUCUGAGCUGUGCUUUCUUUUAUAACUGUCAUUGUGAGGAUUUGAUCACAGAAGCCAACAUCAAAUCCAGUCUAUAACAAAGGCUCCACACACAUUCUCAACUGGGGUAACUCAGUGUAGUUUCAUUAGCUUCUUACCCCAUCUCCCUCACAAUGUUUGUGUUGCUAUUGUUGAAUGUUUUGACAUUCAACAACAAUUCAACAAGGGAAGCUUGCAAUGCUGCAGGCUGUGUGGCUUUCAGUGUGUGGAUAAACAGAGUGUGUAGUUGGCAGAAGUUGUCAGCCAGCUACUCAAAAUUCACAGAUUUGUUUUUUUUUUUCACACAGUUAGGGCCAGGUUCUCAUGU